GACUCUGUCAAACACCGAGGGUGCCUUAAUAAGUGCUCUGUAAGUCUAAGAAGUUCAGGGAUUGAGCUGUCGCCAAAGCAGGCGUCGUAAGCAGUCCUUUUCAGCGUCAUUCGCCUGGCGUCAAGAGCAUUCUGAGCAAGGAACUUGAAGACGAUGUCUUCAUACUCUGCACUGCUGUUGCUGAGCCUUCAAAUGGCAUCAGCUAUGAGGCUGCAUGCUUCUCAAUCGGGCGACGCUCCUCACAGCCGGUCGUUCCGCCUCGAGCCCAGCACCGCUCGUAGGUCCGAGAAUGGCGAUACGAGCCGCUUACCUGUGUGGGACUGCAGUGACCUACCCUUCGGCACUCCGAGCGGCGUCUACUCCAUCCUGGAGGGCGCCGGCGGCCCUCCCGUGUGGGCCUACUGCGACUUCAGCGAUCCCGCCGGCUGGACGGUCCUUCAGCGGCGACAGGACAACCCCACGCAGCUCAGCUUCGCGCGCCAGUACGACGACUACCGCUACGGCUUCGGCCAGCUGAACUCGGAGUUCUGGUGGGGCCUGGAGUACAUGUGGCUCAUCACCUCUCGGCACGACCGCGUCUACGAGCUGAAGAUCGAGCUCGGCGACUGGGUCGGCGCCACGCGAUACGCUCUGUACGGCCAGUUCAGCGUCUCUUCACACGAGGGCCGGUUCCGGCUGUAUGCCGCCAACUACUCUGGUGAUGCCGGCGAUUCGCUCACUUAUCACAACGGCAUGCAGUUCAGCACAGAAGAUGAGGACAACGACCAGAAUAGUGCCAACAACUGUGGCGGAAUCUACACGUCCGGUUGGUGGUACCGUAGCUGCCAUGAGAGCAACUUGAACGGCAUCUACUACGGCAAUAACAACCCGACAGCCGACCAGAAAGGGGUCGUCUGGUCGGCCUGGCACGGGUUCUACUACUCGCUGAAGGAUGUUGUGAUGAAGAUACGUCCCAGGGUGAAACUGACGUAGGAAAUGCACGGCAGAUGUUCAGACAGCGAGUGCUGAUGCAUAAAAAAGAGUGCUGAUGCAUGCUGCACGGGAUACAUAAGGUUAAAAGUUUUGAGCGAACGAUUCCCCAGCUUAUCGGGUUCUUUCACAUGCUAUGCCUCAUGACUCGCUUACGCCUGAAGUUAGGUGGAUAUUUGCGGAAAUGUCGGCUUUUGCUUUGAUUGUCCUCUAAAUGUUGUCUUGCUGUAUUGCAAUAUAUUUUUGAUGG